ACUAUCCUUCCAUCAUGCCAACGACGCGCAGUAAAGCGUCAGGGAAACCACCCUCCACCAAAGCGGCACCUGCAAAACCGCCCUCGAAGAAGAAGCCAGCGAGCAAGCAGCAGACCAAGGCGAAGGCGGAGGACAAGCCCGAGGUCGGGAGCAAGCGCAAGGCAGAGGAGGCCGCCGGGGACGGUAAGGAGGACCACGCAGGGAAGCAGCCUCCAGAAAAGAAGCCAAAGGAAGACGGACACAAGGAGGAAGCGGAUGGCGGCGAGAACAAGGUGAAUGCGGUGAAGAACCAAGGGGACCAUCCAGGGAAGCACGUCUACCAGAGCGGCACCGUCGAACGUGGCCACAUCUACUUCUUCUACCGGCCCAAGGUCGAGGUCGAGGAGGUGCACUCGAUCGACGACGUCCAGCGCUUCCACAUCCUGCUCGUUCCCCGCCCGCCCGAGUUUAGCGUCGGCGAUGCCACCUCGGGUGCCAACGAGGACGAGGGCGAAAUGAACUUGGUCCAGGAGGGCGCCGACGCAGUACCUGCGAAGGCAACGAUAGGCGAGAAGAAGAAACAUUUCCGACUCGUCGCGGUGGGCAAGAAGCAGCUUCCCGAUCCAGAUGCCGGUGGAGGCAAGGGAGGAGACAGGAAAGGGACUUUCUGGGCGACGGUCAUCACCGUCGGAGAGGAUUUGCAGAAGCUCCAGGAAGGGCUGGGCAAGAAAGAGUACGAGACGAAGACCAAAGGAACCCGCCACCAAGGUCCCGCACGGCUGGCUGCGCGGGGCGCAUAUGCCAUCGUCAACAGUCAGGGCCGAACGCCGUCGUCUCGUGAGACACAUCUGGGUUACCAUCUCUCGCACCCUACCCCAGAGAACUUUGGUGAAGUGCAGGAAGCAUUGGGCAUACAUCAAGCAUCGUCCUUUGUCGUCCAAGUCAAGAAUCCCAAAGCGCCGAAUACUGCGGGGUUCAACGUCGGGCUCCCCGAUGGCAGAAAAGCGGACUUCCCUCAAGAUAUCAUGCGAGAAGUUUUCGGUGCUGGCGGCGGGAAGGGCAGGGAAAGCUUCGGGCUGAGGUUCGCAACGGUGGAGAGGAGCGAGAUGCUCGACUACGAGGGUGCGGAGCUGCUACUGAUUGCUGCCAGAAGCGGAGAUGAUGGGCUAGAGACCAGCCUGAAAGAAGGGCGUGGAGAAGCAUUGACAGAGCUCGGAGAGAAGGAAUCCGAAGAGUCUAUCGAUCAAGUACUGAAAGAACUUGCCAUAAAUGCUCACAACAUACCCGCAGAGCCUUUGGAAGGAGAAUGGGUUUAACAUUAUACAAUUGCACCCAGAUCAAACCGGAUUGGGCCUACCUAAAUGUAACAUUAGUAGAUCUUGGAAAGAAAUAGGAAAUAGUUUGGUUUUGCCACAUUCACAAUUGCGAGAUGAUGAAAAGCAUGCUACAUUGGGUGCAUAAAUAGACGUGAGGGUAUACGUGGUCAUUCUGGUCGUAAAGAUCAUGGCAGAAUAUCUCUACAGGGUAUCUUACGGAGAGUCUGUUUCAUCGCUGUCCGCAUUAAUGCGCAAGACCUUGACCCAUUCACGAUAGUUGAAGUUGCCGUGUCGGUCGGUGAACGGCCCCUUCAAUAGCUUGUCAAUCUGGAAAGCACAGUCACUUCAGCACAGGCCUCAGUCCACCAUAUUUCCAUCACGCACCUCACUCGGAUCCAUCUCUCCCCUGAUCCCGCGGUCGGUCCCGGCGUCCGCGUCGAGCUCGAAGGACGCCGCGCGCGAGUGCACGGUGCUGCCCCGCCGGUCGCCCGGCCUAUCCGCGAGCAGGCCGUCCAUCAUCUUCUUUGUAGGGGUGAUCCCUGGCGGCGCACACUGUGUUGGGUUCUGGUGAGGGGGAAGCGGGGCGUAAACACGCACCAAGACUUGCAAAGAUAUGCUUGAGGUCCUGCUCGCUCACGACACCGUCGCUGUCGUGGUCGAUCAAUGAGAAAGCCUCCCUGAACUGCUGCACCUGUGAAGGCGAAAAGAGGGAGAACACGCCAGAUGGCUCGCGUCGUUGACGUGACCUCUGGGAUUUGCUGGGCUUCUGGGGCGUCGAUUGAGGUGUGAUGUCUGGUGAAAGAAAGCGCGACAUCGCGACAAAACGGAAGGAGGCGAGGUGGAUUUGAAAGAGAGUGUUAUCGGUGGUGGGC